AUGACUUUCAAAAAUUUAACAUUGAACAAAGAACCAGUACUAUCUAAUCUGGUAGUAACAGUAAGCAUUGUCGCUUUCUCUACGUUCCAGACUUCUCUCUAUGCAAGCAGCUUUGAUUAUAGUGUUGAUCAUCAUCAUGUUCUAGAAAAUCUCAUCCGUAUUGCUCCAAGAAUCAACAAAUUGGCCAGUGGGAAUCUUCAACCUUCAACUGAUACCCGCGCAUCUCAACUAAAGCUCGAGUAUUGUCUACAGUCCAAGUAUAUCAAAGCAAGAACUGGACCUUUUAGAGAGAAAUAUCUCACAAACUAUCAUCUUACUUCAGUAAUGUUAAGAGCCGAGUAA